UAUGAUAUUUUCUUGUAAUUCUUGACUGACAUGACGACAUUUCUGUCAGGUUUACGGUGACAGCUAGUAGCGUGUUAUGGUAUUAAUUAGAAUCUCUGUAUUUGGCCUAUGUAAGAUCGUGAGCGGUUUAGCUAGACAAUGUCGUCCGUUGGAAUACAUCUCACUUUCAGUUUGAGUGCAUACUGUAAAUAUUGGUAUUUCAUUUCAGUGUUCGUUACUUUUGCUAUACCGAUCCAGGAAUCCUACCAGUAUUUAAUUAUUUUCACUCAUUCACCCGUCUUUCGAAUGAUCAUUAUGCUACAAUCAUAAUUGCUGUUUCUGCUACUACUGCUGUUUUUUUGCCGCAAUGUUUAUGACAGUUGUAACAAUCGUCUAUAGCUGACGGCUGUGCGGUCGAUAAACAGUAUCGGUUCUUUUUUGUUUCUGCGGUCCAGCCUCCUCAGCUCUUAGAAUCGGUACCAAUAGCUGGCAUGAACAAUCUUCUACCCGGCUUAGUAAUGUUUGUUUGUCUGCACCUAGCCAGUAGAGCAUUUUCGAAACUUACUGGUUGUGACUUUGUUCCGCGCGUAAUAUUCUCGACAUAUCAUUGAAUCUCAGCUCCGCCACAUCAAAUGCUUUGGUUUAAUAGACGUUGUUGAAAUAUAGAUUCGUAUCGAAACAUAUAUCUGUUAAACGCAAGCCCACUUUCAGGACAUGUAUAUUAUAAACAGAUAUGCUUUUCGGUCAGGCCUUUGGUUAUUUGUAUGGUAUGUGUCAAUGAAAAACUGGCUUGAAUAAUCGUUAUCGCUUUUCGCAAUAUUUGCCGUAGCUUAGCUGUUGGGAAAUUCCUUCGAUUGUGGCCAUUAUCAGCACACGUCCAGGCAUGGUUAAAAAACUUAGAGAGCAAGCUAGCCAUGAAAAAUAUAAACUGUGAGCUUGUCUGCUGGCGAGGGCAGCAGAAGCCAUUGGUCACUGUUAGCUGUUUUAGGUCCGUCAUUAUCCCUUCCUCUUUCGUCAAGUGACGCCUAACCUUUUUUACGACGGGAAGUCGGACUUACAGUCAUGUCAGACAGAUCCACCUGUUCCCUAUAAAUUUAUUUCACUUUUCGCUGCCAUUGCUAUCCCAUAAUUAUAUUAUCGUUAAGCGAUGUUCGAGCGUUCUUUCCUACACGGUCCGAACAAGUGUCAUCACCUACAAUUGAAUUCAGCACAUCAAGAUCAAAACCUCACCAAUUUAUUUCUCGCAAGUGAAAAUCUACGAAGGGAGCAAUGAGUCCCCUAAUCUUCGUGACUGGUGGAGCAGGCUUCAUUGGAAGUCACUGUAUCGUCGAACUCCUUGAGGCUGGCUUCGAUGUGGUUGCCGUUGACAAUUUUGUCAACGCCAUACCUUCAGAUGAUGGCCAGCAAUUGCCAGAGAGUCUUCGACGAGUUGCCAAGAUCACUGGCAAAAGCAUGAAAUUCGCCGCAUGCGACCUCUGCGACGAAAAGAAGCUCGAGGAAAUCGUCAGCGCGCACAAAUUCGAUUGUGUUAUUCAUUUCGCUGCUCUAAAAGCCGUUGGGCAAAGCUGUAUAGAACCCCUCGAAUACUACAGAAAUAAUAUGGGAAGUACCGUUGCUCUACUCAAUACAAUGAGGCGACACAACAUGCGUAAUAUAAUAUUUUCGUCAUCUGCUACCGUGUACGGAGUUCCGGAGUACCUUCCUGUAGAUGAGAAACAUCCCACUGGCAUGUCGUGCACUAACCCAUACGGCCGUACGAAAUACUUCAUCGAGGAGAUGUUGAAGGAUCUCCACCGUUCUGAGCCCGGCUGGAACAUAACCCUUCUGCGGUACUUCAACCCGGUCGGGGCCCAUGAAUCUGGCCUAAUUGGAGAGGAUCCUCAAGGCGAACCGAAUAAUCUUAUGCCUUACAUUGCACAGGUUGCCGUAGGUCGUCGCGAAUCGCUUAAGGUCUUCGGUUCAGAUUUUGAUACUCCGGAUGGUACUGGUGUUCGAGACUAUAUCCAUGUAGUCGAUUUAGUUAAAGGCCACGUAGCUGCCCUCGACAAAAUUCUCUCUGGCAAUCUUAAGGGAUUGCGUAUCUAUAACUUAGGCGCUUCAAAAGGCUACUCCGUUCUCGAAGUGAUCAAAACAUUUGAAGAAGCGACAAAAGCAAAGGUCCCCUACAGAACCGUCGAUCGAAGACAGGGCGACGUCGCGGCGUUGUACGCAGAUGCGUCGCUAGCUGCUAAAGAACUUAAUUGGAAAGCGGAACUAAGUCUGACGAAAAUGUGCGAGGAUACCUGGCGUUGGCAACAAAUGAAUCCCCAGGGAUUUGCGACUUCAAAGAUUGACAAGAGCGGCCAAAACGGCUUGGCCGACUAAAAAGAAAACCCACCAAACCUUGUCACCAACAAAGGACGAAAGUAAGAGACUACUAGUCAUACAACUAUGGCUAACUGCUUAGCUGGUUUAAUCAAUCUCUUAAUGCAGAACAGCACAGUAAUGCGACCCAAAAAGCGGUGUUGUUAUUAGCUACGAAGCUGCUUUUGAGGAGAAGUAAAAUACCAUAAUUGCUCAUUAGCUUGAUCUAAGAACGGUACCUUUACCUCUUACUGCAGUGAGCAUAUAUUGCUUAAUUAUUACACACGCUUGUAUUAGCAAAGCGUAUGGACCCUCGGAAAUAUGUGAAGGAAUAUUUAAUAGUGGAAAAUGAUAGUACAACGGAAUAAUUUUCCUAAGUUUUAUACUUUCAUUAAAAAUUAUGGGUAUUAUGCUGUAGCAUACAAGACAAAAUUGAGUUUCAAACGGUAUGACAUCUUCUGACACCACAAAUCAUUUUAAAUCGAAAAUGUUUUAUCCGGAAAAAUAUGCCGCGUCCUAGCCCUCUUAUUGAAAUACACGCGCGAAUAUAUUGUACUUAGUGGCGCGCUAAGUCCGAAAGACUUCUACUUUUCCGUAUGAGGCAAGGCCUAACGACGAGGUAUCGGGCUUACGACUUUAUUAAUACGUUUACUGGUAUAGAAUAUUAAAUGGGCAUUGCAAAAGUCUA